UCAGUGCGGCGGGGUCCCCCUGCGCUGCGGACGAGGGGCCAGGCAGUGAUGAGGGAGCAGAGCGAUGAGCUUGGGAGGGACGGGCUCUGGGGGGCAGGGGCGGGACAAUGAGCUGAAGAGAGAGAAGCAAGGCUUAGCCUGAGGGAGAGAGCCUGGAACGCCCCCCAGCAGAGAGCUCCAGCGGUAGUGGAGGCUGAUCGUGGCUGGUAUUCGAAUGCUGAGAAUUGGCCCCUCCUUACUUGCCCUGUCGAUUUCAGGGCGCCCUAGCCGCCGGCGAGGCCCGUCUCGCUAUGAUCCCCGAGAAGAUGCGGCAGCUGCUGCCAGAGGUGGAGCUGGAUCCCAGCGUUAUCUCCGUCCUGCUCUGCAGCUCCACCGUGGCCUUCCUGGUGCUCAAGUGGAUGGUGAAGAAACUGGUGCAGCAGAAGAUGUGGGAGGCAAGGAGGAACCGAGUGCGCGCCCUGGGACAGAUGGAAGAAGCUGUCCAGCAGUUCAAACAAGAGAACCCAGAGGUACAGGCCAGUCGCAUCCUCUCUCUGCCGCUUGUUGAGCUGGUCAAGAAACUGAAGGAAAAUUCCCUGUCACCAGAGAGCGUCCUCUACACGUACAUGGACAAGGCCUUAGAAGUGAACCGGGAUGUGAACUGUGUGACGGAUUUUAUUCAGGAGUGUGUGCACCUGCUCCAGGAAGUGAGGACACAAAGGGAGAAAGGAUUGUUGUAUGGAGUUCCCAUCAGUAUCAAGGAUCCCAUUGGAUACGAGGGUCACGUCUCCACCUGUGGCUUGGGACAGUACCUCGGCUACCCGGAGCGAGAGGACAGCGUCUUAGUGAAGGUGCUGAAGAAGCAGGGGGCCAUUCCGUUUGUGAAAACCAACAUCUCCCAGUGCUUGAUCAACUACGACUGCAGCAACUUGAUCUUUGGCCGGACGGUGAAUCCGCUGAACCACAAGAAAAGCCCCGGCGGCUCCUCCGGAGGGGAGGGGGCGCUGAUCGCCGGAGGAGGGUCCGUCCUGGGCUUUGGGACAGAUAUAGGUGGGAGCAUCCGCCUGCCGUCCAGCUUCUGCGGGCUGUGCGGGCUCAAGCCGACGGGCAACAGGCUGAGCGGCCCUGUCAGUUACGUCCAAACAGUUACAGGAAUGGUCGGGCCAAUGGCGAGGGACGUGGACAGCCUGGCUCUGUGCAUGAGAGCGCUCCUGUGUGACGACAUGUUCCACCUGGACCCCACCGUGCCACCCCUGCCCUUCAACGAGGCGGUGUACUCCAGUUCCACCCCUCUUCGGAUCGGGUACUAUGACACAGACGGCUAUUUCCUGCUACCUCCUUGCAUGAGACGGGCUGUGCAUGAAACCAGGACGUUGCUGCAGGAGGCUGGACACACGCUGAUCCCGUUCGUCCCCCCACGGAUCGACUACGUCAUGAACGAGCUCUUCAUGAAGGGCCUGUUUGCCGAUGGUGGCGCUGCUUUGCUUGAGAAAUUUGAACUGGACACUGUCGAUCCCAACUCCUGCUCCCAGAUCAAUUGCUACAGUCUCCCCUUUCUCCUGAAGAAGAUUCUGGCUUUCCUCACCAAACCCCUGUUCCCUCGAUUCUCCAGUUAUUUGAAUGCACUGUGUGGAGUGUGGUCGCCGAAAGAAUUCUCGGAGCUGCAUGCUGCAUUGAUGAUAUACCGACGGGAAUUCCUCUCCGGAUGGAGAAACCUGGAUCUGGAUGUCAUCCUGUGUCCUGUGUUAGGCCCUGCCUUCACCCUGGGGUAUCCUGGGAGACUCAUUGCUGCUGUUUCUUCUACCAUGUUGUACAACGUCUUAAACUUCCCUGCUGGGGUUGUGCCGGUCACCACGGUUACGGAGGCUGAUGAGGAAAAUCUGAAGCAUUACACAGGGCACUAUGGUGACCCCUGGGAUAGGAGACUGAGACAGGCUGUGGAAGGAGCCGUGGGGCUGCCCGUGGCGGUGCAGUGCGUGGCUCUGCCGUGGCAGGAGGAGCUGUGCCUGCGGUUCAUGAAGGAGGUGGAGAGACUGGCCCAGGGGCAGAAAAAGCAAACUGAGGAGAACUUACAGCAUGGAGAAGCCCAGGCUGAUUUUCAUACUGAGGGGCAAAGUGAUGUGCAAGCGCAAGCAUCCCGCACGACCGUGCAAACGAACAUACUAAUGGAUGUGCAAAGAACACUAGCUCAGACUGAUCUGGUCGCUGACGUGCAAACGGAUGUGCAAAAACCAGGAUCUCAAACUGAUUUGUUAGCUGACGUGCAACUGCACGGGCACCCACAGUCCUCUGGCCCCGACAUGCAACCGGACGUGCAAACAGAACUAAGCCAACCUGACACUGAAACACAGCCAUGCCAACCUGAGACGCAAAGACAGCCUUCCCAACCUGACGUGCAAACACAACUAACCCAGCCUGAAGUGCAACCUGACGUGCAAACACAACUAACCCAGCCUGAAGUGCAACCUGACGUGCAAACACAACUAACCCAGCCUGAAGUGCAACCUGACGUGCAAACACAGCCUUCCCAACCUGACAUGCAACCUGAUGUGCAAACACAACUAACCCAGCCUGAUAUACAACCUGAUGUGCAAACACAACCAACCCAACCUGACAUUGAAAUACAACCAACCCAACCUGAUGUGCAAACACAGCCUUCCCAAUCUGAUGUGCAAACCCAGCCUGACAUUGAAACACAACCAUCCCACCCUGACAUGCAACCUGAUGUGCCAACUGCCUAAUGAACGAGGCACGCUCUGCCCCCCAUUAAAAUGCAGCCAGCUCUGGCCAUGGCCGUUGUUUAGCAUCACCAACGCACUUUUAUUGGGGACCCAGAAGUGAAGAACACCAUGUGCAGCUGAAAGGAGAAUUUACAUCAGCUGAUCCAAUUACCCACAUCUCUGUUUGAUUAGGACACCAGAGCCAACCCCCCAGCUCUUGUGAAAAGUGGCAGGGUUUGGUCAUGAGAACUACAUUUGAACUCCCCAUGUUAGCACCUCCCCUGUAGCACAGCGCCCCCUAGCACAGAACUGGGGCAUUUGUUCAACAUGGAAUCUGCGAAGAGAGAAACUGAAUAAAACCCUAUUUGCAAGUCCUA